AUCAUUAAUUUGACAUAAAAGCGCUAAACUCUUUUCUGUGCAAGUUAAAUACUUUACUGUAUAAAAAAAGCUUUUUGAUUUAAAUCAAUAAAACACUUCUGUGUUGCGAUAAAAUAAUGACAACUCAAAAACGAAGAAAAAUUUACAAUGUUACUUUCUAGAACGUGGUGAUGUUAACGACCUGGUAAAAACUGCCCCAAUAAACAAGCAAAAGAUAAGGGUAUUAUUAGUUUUUUCAGAACAUGUCAGUUCAUUAUCUAGAUUGCUUCAGUUAAAAUGGCUUCCAAACAUAUACCUUCUACAGUAAGAAAGAUUGUAGCAUUACGUUCAAGCCAUAAAUUUCGCGAGGUUGCAAAGAUAGUGACUGAGCCUACUCCAAAACCAGGGGAAGGGGAAAUCUUGGUGAAAAACAGGUUUGUUGGUAUAAAUGCAUCUGAUAUAAACUUCACAGCUGGGAGAUAUGAUCCAAAAGCAAAGUUCCCUCUCGAUACCGGGUUUGAGGCAUUGGGGGAGGUUGUUGCAGCCGGACCGAAGUCUCUUUACCAACCUGGCCAGGCUGUCAUGUACUGCCAAUAUGGGGCCUUCAGUGACUAUAAGGUUGUGAAUUCAAACAGAGUUAUACCCCUUCCAGCAGUGAAAGCAGAGUUCUUGCCCUUCAUCCUCAGUGGGAAUACAGCAGCUAUUUCUCUUGACAGGGUUGGUGAGAUCAAGGAGGGAGAGACAGUGCUGGUUACAGCUGCAGCAGGAGGCACUGGCCAGAUAGCAGUGCAGUGGGCAAAACUGAAAGGCUGUCAUGUUAUCGGAACCUGUUCAAGCGAUGAGAAAGUCCAGUUUUUGAAGGACAUUGGUUGUGACAGACCAGUCAACUACACAAAGGAAAACCUGCGGCAAGUUUUGAAGCAGGAAUACCCAAAAGGUGUUGACGUGGUAUAUGAGGCAGUUGGAGGAGAAAUGUUUGAUACAUGUGUGGACAGCUUGGCCCUAAAAGGACGUCUAAUAAUCAUUGGCUAUAUUGAGGGUUAUGAGUCAGACAAGGGCUAUAAGCCAUCCAGAGUACUUGCAACACUUCCUGCACGGCUUUUACCUAAGUCAGCCAGUGUACGCGGGUUUUUCCUAUUUCACUAUGUGUCAGACUGGGGGCCAUACGUGAUGAAGCAGGUCCAAUACUUCAAUGAGGGGAGAAUGCAGAGUAUUGUUGACAAAGGGGAAAGAACUCCAGGAGGUCCAUUCAAAGGCCUUGAAAAAGUUGCCGAUGCUGUUGAGUAUUUGUACAGCAAGAAGAGUAUUGGAAAAAUUGUUGUAGAGCUGGGCGAGGACACACCUAGAUCAAACCUGUGAUUCAUUGCAACAGACCAUGGGCAUUCAAUCAGAUAACUUGCCGUGAUCUCACAAGUGUUCAGCAUUACCUCAAACUAUUAAAACUACACCUCAGAACGAUUUAUUUGCCUUUAACCUAAGCCUUACCCUAUUCUUACAAGCCAUUACAGUAGCCCACGUUAAACUUACUGUAAAAGAAUAAACAAUUACUAAAUAAACAUUGAAAUAUGUGGGAUAAAAAUACUUGUUAUAUACUGUAAGUGGCCGAUCCAUUUUAAACUCGUGCCCAACACUUUUUAUAUUAUCAUGCUUUUUUAUUUUCAUCGAUGAUAUUUGUUAAAUUAUGAUGUUAAUAAAUUGGUGCUGCUUAUUGA